AUGUCUGACUCUGAAAGAGGAAAUACACAAGCUGAGAAGGAUUAUUCAUAUACAUCAAAGAAAAACAUUUCGCAAACGUUUGAAAAAAAUAUUACAAACAGUUCACUUUAUGAUAUCGAAAAGCUGAUAUAUAGACAAAAUGAAGCUUUCAACCUAGAUAACAAUGAUUUUGAAGGUUCUAAAGCUAACUCUAUAAUAAAAUCACGGCUAAGGUUUCUACUAGCAUUAAUAGUCAUUUCUUUAUUUUAUCUUUUAUUAAACUUUAAAGAUCACAUUGAUAUCCGUUCUUUAGAUACUAAUAAAUAUUUAAAUUUAAAUCAUCAUCUCCAAUUAUUAUUUCAAAAAAAUUCAAAUAUUGUUCAAAAUAGGAAAGAUUUAAUUAAUUAUAACAUUUCCAGCUAUUUAAAUAAUCUACAGUUUCAUGUUACUACCCCAUUUAAUUCCAUUCUAUUGAAUUCAAAUUCAAAUUCGCAAUCAAUUAAUACAAACAUCAUAUUAACAACUCUAGACUUACCAAAUAAUAAUGACAGUCUAGAAGAGAUGCAAGAUACAGACAUCAUUAUAGAUGAAUAUCAUGAUUUGGGAACUUUUAAUAUAAAUAAUAAUGCUGAUGAUACCGAUAUUAAUGAUCAAAAUUGUGUAAAAAAUUCGACUUAUUCAUCAAAUAUUAUUUAUCAACUCCCUGACGAAAACUUUUUUCAAAUUCCCAAUGAAAACUUAUAUCAAAUCAGAAAUAUUUUAAUUAAAAAUGAUAUUAAUACGUACAAUGCUUAUGAAAUGUCUAAAACUUCCUCUUUUUUCAAUACCCCAUCAGAAUUAGGUCAUUUAGAUUCAGAAAUUAUUAAAAAAAAUUGGCGCACUAAAAUUUUAAAUUCGAUUUGGUUAUCUGCUUAUCAAUGCCAUUUAACUUUAAAUGAAAUUACAUAUUAUAAUGAUGAAUUACAGAAAUAUUUUAAAGUUUAUUCAAUUAAAAUCUUUGAUCACAAUUGGUUAGAAAUGAAAAACUCUUACGCUCCAUUUGUAGAUUCGAACUUCCCUCAAAAAAAAAUGGAUUUACAAGAAGAAUUAAGAAAGAUUGAUAAAUAUUUCGGUGUUAUUAAUAGUUGUACUCAUUUAGAGAAGGGCACUAAUGAUUACAAAGAUUGUUUAAUUAAAGAAUCAAAAAAUUUCAUUGAAAAUAAAAAUAGAAGAGAUGAAUUUUUAAGAAGCUCUUUUAUUUCCUAUCCAAUGGUUUUUGAUUCUUCAUUUGGAAGUAUUUUAAACAUUAAUAAAGACAUGGAUAUGAAUGAAAUCCUAAAUCCAAGAUUAUUAAAGAGAAAAUUAGGAGAUGUAGAAGAACCAGUCGUUAUUUUUAAUAAAAUCAAUCAAUUAUCACAGACUUUGGAUACUUUUGCCAUUUUCCCACAUAGAUUCUCGACUAAAAAAGCACCAAUUAAACUGAAUACUUCAAAAUUUGGUAUUAAGAUUGAUGAUCCACAAUUAAUUCCUUUUUUCACUAAUGAAAAUCUUAAAAAUGAUAAAUUUUUUGAUAUGGACUCUAUUAAUUUCAUUCAAUCAAUGAAUCCCUUAAAAAUUGUAAAAUGUAAUUUUACACUGGGAAAUUGUGAAAUAGAUUAUCAAGAUUUACCUUUUGGCACCACUUUAACUGAUGAUAUUAACCAACUUUUAAGCAACUAUAAACAAACAAAUGUUCAAGUCAUAUCAACACCAAAAUACCUUCCAUUAAUUAAAGGACAGCAAUUUUGGUUAGUUAAAUCAACUUGGAAUAAAUAUUCUGAAGAGGAUUCAUUGAUUAAGUCAAAGACGAUACUUUCAAUCUUAUAUACUUCAGAUUCGUUGUAUCGUCAAGAAUUAAUAAUACCUCUAGAUACCGAUAAAUUAUUAAAUGUAAACAUAAAUGACAAUUUAUCCAAUAAUUAUCUCGUAGAUAGCGAAUUCAUAAGCUGGGAUAUUUAUCAACAAGAUUCCAAAACAAAUAAAUUUGACGAUUUCUUACAGUUAUCUGUCACUUCCGAAAACAGCAAUGAGCAAAAAUCAACAUCGAAUAUUAUUAUUAUCAAAAAUAUUCUAAAUAUUAUAUUAGAGUCAUUUAACAAAGCAAAUAUCCAAGAAGAUAUAAUAAUUAGUGAGAAUAACCCAUUCCUCAAAGGCAUCCGAUGUUUAAUGGGGUAA